AUGGGACUGUUAUCUGAAGCUCUGCAAAGAGAUGACAUCACACUUCCACGAGCCUAUCAGCUGAUUAAUCGUUCCAUUCGUGCCGUUGAAAAAAUGAAAGACAUGCCUGGCAAACAUCUGAAAGAAGUAAUGGAAUCGCUGGAGAAAGGGAAUUUCAAAGGUGUGACCAUCAAUCCAGAGAGUACAAAAAGCCAAGUGAGGAUAAAUCUCCCUCAAUUUUAUCAAAGUUUGGUGGAUAAUUUACACUCCAGACUCUUUGCUUUAACUGCGAGCAACAAACCGGCAGCUUCAUCACAGUCAGGUGAAUUUGAAACUCUUGUCUCUGAAAUUGACAUCCUGAAUUCACAGCACUGGCCAAUCAAUGUGGACAGUCCGUGGUUUGAAGGUGAAGCGAAGCUGGAGCAGCUGUGCAAAAGAUUCCGUCUCAGCUAUGCAUCCAUCUGUGAAGGUUUCAGAGACUACAUUGAUAAUGGUGGUGCAGAGAUUCCCGAAAAUCUAAAACCAGUGGUGACAGCAGUUAACAGUCUUCUAGUGACAUCCGGUGAUUGUUAAAGGGGCUUCAGUACAAUGAAUUUGGUGAUGUCACCCAUUAGGAGUGGGCUUGGCAUUGAACGCCUGUCUUCUCUUUUGUUUAUUAGUCUCAUUGGGCCUCCUGUGCAUUUAUGGGAUCCUUUACCAUACGUCACAAAAUGGCUGACCACACAUCGCAGCGCAGAUGAUACUAAAUCUCGAAAAGUUGAUAAUCUUGCACGGCAAGGGCAACGUUAUUCCAGUUUGUGGGAUAUUUUCUAAUGGG